AUGGCGCUCGAAUUCAUCCAGAACAAUGUGUCCGUUCCGUCAAUUGAUCGGCCGUUUGGCAUCCACCUAUGGCCCUUCUUCGACAAGGCUUUUGAGCUGGUCGUUGGCUACCCAGCCAGCGAAUUCCAGUUCGUCGAGGGUGUCACGCCCAUGUCGACUUUCAAGGAGACCGCCAUCGCGCUCGUUAUCUACUACAUCAUCAUCUUCGGUGGCCGUGAGGUGAUGAAGUUCUUCCAGCCGCUCAAGCUCAACACUCUGUUCAUGAUCCACAACUUCUACUUGACCGCGAUCAGCGGAACUCUCUUGGUUCUGUUCAUGGAGCAGCUCAUCCCCACCGUCUGGAGACAUGGUAUCUACUUCACCAUCUGUGAGCACGAUGGUGGAUGGACUCAGCCCCUCAUCGUUUUGUACUACCUCAACUACCUGACCAAGUACCUCGAAUUGAUCGACACCGCCUUCCUGUUCCUAAAGAAGAAGCCCCUGACCUUCCUCCACACCUAUCACCACGGUGCCACCGCUCUUCUUUGCUACACUCAGCUCAUUGGUUUGACCGCGGUGCAAUGGGUUGUCAUUGACCUCAACCUCUUUGUCCACGUUGUGAUGUACUGGUACUACUUCCAGAGCGCCCGUGGCGUCCGCAUCUGGUGGAAGCAGUGGAUCACCCGUCUCCAGAUCUUGCAGUUCAUCAUUGGCCUCGGAUUCAUCUACUUCGCGUCCUACACCUACUUCACCUCCACCUACUUCCAGUGGAUGCCAAACAUGGGCAAGUGCGCCGGAGAGGAAUUCGCUGCCUUCUCUGGAAUGGCCAUCAUCAGCUCUUACCUCUUCCUUUUCAUCUCCUUCUACAUCGCGACCUACCAGAAGGCCGCCAAGGGCAACCGCCCCCGCCGCAACACUGGCAAGCAGGCUGUCAUUGACAUGCGCAACUUUGAAAUCCCCGGCAACGCCGAGACCAACGGUGCUGCUGUGUCUAGCGGCCGCUCCAACGGUCCCACGACCCGCUCUCGCAAGGCAUAA